UCGGGUGUGGGAUCUCCGCUCUAUUAUCCCGUAAAAAUCUGAUCCCAUCUUCGCAGGAGCAGUAUUAGUAAGUGGCCCUGCUGGACGUACCAUUUAUUUCCCAUUCUCACACAACCCAAAGUUGGGACUUGAGACUUUCAGCUCCACUUUUUCGUGGACAGCGCUCGCAAUGAUUUUGGAGAUCGAGGCAGCCUCGAAAUGCGUGUGGAUUCCUCUUGGAUACUACUCAGAAACAAUGUUUAGAUUUUGAUUUUUUUUUUUUGAAAAGCCAGAAUUGCUCAGGACAUCCCCUUUCACGUAUUGAUAGACCCAACAAGAUACGAUUUUUGCCUUGGAUAUGGGUCACUUCUUAUAAAAGGAUUCUUCGUGGGCAGGAGAAAGGGAAAAACUGCCUUCACUUGAAAGAUUUUCAGCUGCAACCCCCAACUCCCACAAUCCAUUUGUUCUAAGCUUGAUUUGAGCUCAAGUCUGGGAAUUCACUCUGAAGCCUGUGGACCUAAGCAGGCCUGAGGGCUCUGACAUACACCAAAUCCCUGCCCAGGGGAACAGGGGAGAUUAAAAACUUCUGAUUGAGGUGGAGAGGAGAGAGACACAGAGAGAGAGGGAGGGAGAGACGGAGAAAAAAGCUUAUCGUUCACCUUUGUUCUUCCUAAUGCCCCAAGUGAAGGAUCUCCAUAGGCAAGCCUGUGAAUAACACCAGACACAAGAGCAGCUGCCCACUACUGUGGUCAUACGAUGGAGUGAGGGAGUAAAAGAGGAGAAGAGAACAGGAUUACAUCCUGUGAAAGAGCCAAGCUCAUAUUCUACAUUAAUUGAAUGCCUGGGAGAGAGGAGAGACAUGAGAGGAAGCCUUUUCUGUGCCAACUGCUUCAAGAGGUAUUGCAAUUAACCCUCUGGCCAUCAUAAAAUAAUACCUGGCUUCUGUUGUUUUCUGAUUGCUGGGUUUGGUUGUACGGUGUGGAUGUGUGCUUGGGCCGUAGUCAUGUUUCAACCCCCGGCGUGUAGACCGGAUCGGACCGGCUGUCAACGAAACAGCCUGAUUCUGCCGCUGCUGCUGCUGCUUCUCUACAGCUCCCUCAAGGCCGCUCAGGCAGCCAAACCCAAAGGGCCAGGACACACACAUUUGAACUCCAUCCGGAUCGACGGGGAUAUCUCCUUAGGUGGGCUCUUCCCAGUACAUGCCAGGGGCCACGAUGGCAAGCCAUGUGGGGAGCUGAAGAAGGAGAAGGGUAUACACAGACUGGAGGCCAUGCUCUUCGCCCUUGACCGCAUCAAUAAUGACAAUAAUCUGCUGCCUAACAUCACACUGGGGGCGCGUAUCCUGGACACCUGUUCCAGGGACACUCACGCCUUGGAGCAGUCGCUCACCUUCGUUCAGGCUCUGAUCGAGAAGGACGGGACAGAUGUCAAAUGUCUGGGUGGGGGAGCGCCCAUCAUAACUAAACCUGAGAGGGUGGUGGGCGUCAUCGGAGCUUCCUCUAGCUCCGUUUCCAUCAUGGUGGCCAACAUACUACGCCUGUUUAAGAUACCUCAGGUGAGCUACGCCUCCACGGCUCCAGAACUCAGUGACAACAGCCGCUAUGAUUUCUUCUCCCGAGUGGUGCCCCCAGACACCUACCAGGCCCAGGCCAUGGUGGACAUUGUCAAGGCCAUGCGAUGGAACUAUGUCUCCACAGUGGCCUCAGAGGGGAACUACGGAGAGAGCGGCGUCGAUGCUUUCAUUCAGAAGUCUCGGGAGGACGGGGGUGUGUGCAUCUCCCAGUCUGUCAAGAUUCCUCGGGAGCCCAAGCAGGGAGAGUUUGACAAGAUCAUCCGACGACUCAGAGAAAACCCAAAUGCAAGAGUUGUCAUACUUUUUGCCAAUGAAGACGAUAUCAGGCGGCUACUCCAUGCAGCUAAAAAGGCCAACCAGACAGGUCAUUUCAUCUGGGUGGGUUCAGACAGCUGGGGCUCAAAGAUCUCUCCGGUUGUGCACCAGGAGGAGAUGGCAGAGGGAGCAGUCACCAUCCUGCCCAAGCGCCAGUCGAUCAGAGGGUUUGAUCGUUACUUCAUCAGCCGAACGCUGGAAAACAACAGAAGGAAUAUCUGGUUUGCUGAGUUCUGGGAGAACAACUUCAGCUGCAAACUCAGCCGUCACGCCGUGAAGAAAGGGUCCGGGCUCAAAAAAUGCACAAAUCAGGAGCGGAUAGGAAAGGACUCGAACUAUGAGCAAGAAGGAAAAGUGCAGUUUGUCAUUGAUGCAGUCUAUGCAAUGGCUCAUGCCCUGCACAAUAUGCACCAGGAGCUGUGUCCAGGGAAGGUGGGCCUCUGCGGUAAAAUGGAUCCCAUCAAUGGAACUCAUCUGCUUAAGCACAUACGCCGCCUUAACUUUGCAGGCAUAGCUGGCAACCCAGUGCUCUUCAACGAAAACGGAGAUGCCCCCGGGCGCUACGAGAUCUACCAAUACCAGAUCCGAAACCGAACGGCUGAGUACAAAAUCAUUGGCCACUGGACGGAUCAACUUCAUCUCACCGUUCGUUCGAUGCAGUGGCCUGGCGGUGUCCGCCAGAUCCCUUCCUCAAUCUGCAGCCACCCCUGUCAGCCCGGUGAGCGCAAGAAGAUCGUGAAGGGCAUUCCUUGCUGUUGGCACUGUGAGCGCUGCGAUGGCUAUCAGUACCAGGCGGACACCUACACGUGUAAGAUGUGUCGCUUUGAUUUGCGGCCCAACGAGAAUCACACGGGCUGUGUUCCAAUCCCCAUUGUUAAGCUGGAGUGGAGCUCUCCGUGGGCAGUCAUCCCUGUGCUUAUUGCAGUCGUUGGCAUCAUGGCCACUCUGUUUGUGGUGGUCACCUUCAUCCGCUACAACGACACUCCCAUUGUGAAAGCAUCAGGGCGAGAGCUAAGCUAUGUGCUGCUAACUGGCAUCUUCCUCUGUUACGCCACAACUUUCCUGAUGAUUUCUACACCCGAUGUAGGAAUCUGCUCCCUCCGGAGGAUCUUCUUGGGUCUGGGAAUGAGCAUCAGUUAUGCUGCCCUGCUCACCAAAACCAAUCGUAUCUACCGCAUCUUUGAGCAGGGCACGAUGUCUGUGAGUGCUCCCAGGUUCAUCUCUCCGGCCUCCCAGCUAGUCAUUACGUUCACCCUGGCUUCAGUGCAGCUGCUUGGCGUGUGCAUCUGGUUUGGCGUGGAUCCUUCCAAAGCCAUCAUUGACUAUGAGGACCAGAGGACAUCUAACCCGGUGCUGGCUCGUGGUGUACUCAAGUGUGACAUCUCUGACCUGUCUCUGAUCUGCCUGCUGGGCUACAGCAUGCUGCUCAUGGUCACCUGUACUGUCUAUGCCAUUAAAACCAGAGGGGUGCCGGAGACCUUCAAUGAGGCCAAACCCAUUGGUUUUACCAUGUACACGACCUGCAUUAUUUGGCUAGCGUUCAUCCCAAUAUUCUUUGGCACCUCACAAUCCACAGAAAAGAUGUACAUCCAAACAACCACGCUGACCAUCUCUGUGAGCCUGAGUGCCUCAGUGUCCCUGGGGCUGCUCUACAUGCCCAAGGUCUACGUGGUUCUCUUCCACCCUGAGCAGAAUGUGCCCAAGCGCACACGCAGCCUCAAGGCCGUGGUUACUGCUGCCACCAUGUCCAACAAGUUCAACCCCAAGGCCGGACUCAGACCCAACGGAGAAGCCAAGACUGAGCUGUGCGAAAGCCUCGAAACGCAAAGUUUCUCAACAAAGCAAACAUAUAUCAGCUACAGCAACCAUGCAAUAUAAGGGACAAAGGCUCUUGUCAUAAUGCAGGAUUUCCACCUGACAGAGAAAAACAUGCAGUGGAUGUGUCAUUGUAUGGGUGGAGAUCACCGAAGCAUUGCCCAAAGACGUGACAUGACGAGGACGGACCACAAAGAGGUGCAGGUGCAGACAGGGGACCAGAACAGAUAACAGGAAAAUUGUAAGGUUCCAUCUUCUGUCAGCCUCACAAGAAUUCAAAAAAAAAGAAGAAAAAAAAAGAAAAAUAUUUGCAUGGCAGAGGCCUGGAGACUGAAGGAUGGAGCUUUCCUUUUGAGUGUUUACAUUUCAGCUAUGCCCUCUUUCAAAGACUUCUCUGUCAUCCUGAGCAGCGCAGACUGAAAUUGAACUAAAAUCAAGAAUAUGUUCAGGUGUUCUUAAUGUUGUCUGCCAGUUUUGCAAACUAUAAUUAAUCUUGAAAUCCUCAAGGCAUCACAAGGGAUUAAUCAACACCACAAAGGCAUGAAAACAUGGUUCAUGGAUUUGUAAGAGGGGUUUAUGUUUUUGUUUUUAUUUCUAAAUGUAUUCCGGUCUCAUGAGUCAAAAUUGACUGGAAAUGACGAUCAUAUCAACAAUGCAACGAAUCUGUACCAGACUCCAUUCAUUUUUUUUGCCUCUUCCAGGUUUCCUCUGAGUUAAUAAGAAUGACAAUGACUACACAUAUAAGAUGGUCUCUGCCGAUUUUGAGCAUGCCAGUUUCAACAUCCUGUGUUGUGUUGUAGAAAAAGAAAAAAAUUAUAUCUUUGGAAUGCGUUUACACUCUGUUGCAGCGUUGUUACAAUUGUUUGGGCCUGAGCCUAUUGUACGUUAAAAACUGUUCUCAAAUGGUGAAGGUCUAGUGAGUGAUUGUUUAUCUGUGCUUAAGUGAGGCCAUGAUUUGUAUUAUCGGUUAGCCCGAGGCUGCCACUGCCCUCUGCAUACCUGUAUGUGCUUUGAAACGGUGGCUCGUGGUUAAAACGAAUCGUAUUUUAGCCAGGAGAUCUUACCGUGAGCUGUCGUCCAGGAUGACCCUCCCAUCACUGCCACUAGCGAUUCUCUUGGUCAAACGUAGUGUAAGGGUAAAGCUUAGCUGUACAGAUCCAUUAGGAGGGGGAAUUAAGAUGAAGUAUGCCCUUGAGAGAGAGGAUCGUGCAAUAUGCCCUGAAGGUGAUAUCCAUAAUGGACAAGCUACUGAGAAAAUCCAUUACUUUACAUGUCCUUCUCAGGCACUCUCAUGAUAAGGAGGAGGUGUCAGGAAGUUGUAAGGCUUUUCAACAAAUGAAAAUCUAAUUGCAAAAGUAUACAAUAUCUCUAUCAAUCACCCUCAGCUCGCUGAACAGAUAAAUAGUUGGCUUUGAGCAGUAUAAAAGCCCUCUAAUGUCUUGAGGAAAACAUUGUGGGGUCAUUUGUGUUGUGAAUUCAAUGCUGCUUUUCAUGCCUCCCUCUGUAUUACUUUCAGCACCAUUUGUGUUGCAGAAUAAAAUGUGAGUGCUGACCAAAUUAAAUGGCAAGUUAAUGUAUGUUAUUAAAUAGAUUGAUGAUGUCUGCUUUAUGUCCUGACAUAUCCUAAAAUUGGGGAAAAUGUACAAAAAGAUACAGUGCCUGGCUAUCUGACUAUGUAUUUGUAAAACCUCAUGAAAACUAAUGAAGUGUGUGAAGCAUGUUUAGUUUUUUUUAUACAAAAUUUUAUUUCUAUUAAAAAUGUUUUCAAACUUCAAUGUCCGUUUUACAGGUUUGUGUGAUUUGGGAAAAUCUAAGAAUUUGUUCAUUAAUUUGAUUCAUUUGCUGUAAAAGGAAGAGAUGAACUAACAGGUUGUUUGUAUAAAUAUAAAACAAUGUAUGUAAAGUGGAUGAUUCAGUGGCAAACUUACAUUGUCGCCAUCUAAAUGAUUGGCAGCG